AUGUUUUUAGCUGCCUAUGUGUAUAUACCAAUUCUUUAUCGACUUCAUAUUACGAGCGUCUAUGAGUAUCUCGAGAAAAGAUUCUGCAAAGGCGUACGACUUUUGGGUUCCACUGUCUACUGCACCAUGAUGAUUAUGUACAUGUCUAUUGUGCUUUAUGGACCAUCUUUGGCACUCAAUGCAGUGACUGGAUUCACACUGUGGGGAGCUGUCGUAACAGUUGGAGCUGUGUGCACAUUUUACACUUCUCUGGGUGGGAUGAAGGCCGUCAUGUGGACAGAUUCGUUCCAAACUAUCAUGAUGAUUAUAGGUUUAUUGAUUGUCCUCAUCAAAGGCUCCAUGGAAGUUGGCGGCUUUGGUAACGCAUGGAAUCUCGCCAGUGAAAACGGACGUAUCAAAUUUGGAGAAACCAGUCUUGAUCCACGCGUCCGUCAUACAGUCUGGACAUUCCUGAUUGGUGGAAGCUUUUUGUGGACGAGUAUAUAUGGAACUAAUCAAGCACAAGCUCAGCGAAUGUUUUCCUUGCCAUCGGUGAAAAAAGCACAAAUAGCAAUUUGGUUGAACUUCCCUUGUCUUUUAAUUAUUCUGUAUCUGUGCGGCAUGAUAGGCGUGGUCAUGUAUGCUUUUUAUAGCAAGUGUGACCCAAUCACGUUUGGUCUUAUCUCAGCCUCUGACCAGAUGGUUCCGCUCUUUGUGAUGGACACGUUAAGUCAUCUACCAGGAAUUCCAGGAAUGUUCUUGGCUUCGAUAUUUAGUGGAACCCUUAGCUCAGUAGCUACAGGAAUGAAUUCUAUCUCAGCUGUCAUCCUCCAAGACUUCUUGAGACCUUACUGUUUGAAAGGUUUAUCGGAGAAGAAAGCAACUCUAGUGUCAAGAAUUUUAGCCAUCUUUCUUGGUUUACUCUGCCUGGUUAUGACUUACGGGGUCUCGAAACUGGGUGGCAUUCUUCAGGCUGCGCUGGCGCUCUACGGUUGUCUUUCUGCCCCGAUGUUGGGUGUCUUCUCUUUGGGUAUGCUCUUUCCAUGGUCCAAUAAAUGGGGCGCUUACAGUGGAACAUUGUCAAGUAUUGCGAUAAUGACGUGGGUUUCUGUGUCACAUUAUGAAUCCAAAAUAAAACCGCCAAUGUCUCCGAUCAGUGUCGAACAGUGCAACUGGAAUUUGACCUUAGACAAUACCCUUGGACGUUAUUCAAUAGCAAAUGAAACUGAAGAAUAUAUCUACCCGACCGGUCUUGAUGGUCUCUACAAUGUGUCUUAUUUGUGGUACAACGUCUUUGCCGUCUUCAUUGUGAUUAUUGUUGGCAUGAUUGUCAGUUUUGCUACAGGAUUUCAAGAUCCAAAGCAAGUUGAUCCGAAACUCAUUUGUCCCAUCUUUGACAUUUUAUGUCCUUAUCUCCCCGAAAAAUUCAGGGAAAAAUUGCAUUUUGGAGUGAAUCAUAAAGAUAAAUAUGAUGAUGAGCCAGCAACUACAGACCCAGUUCUGCUUUCAGACAAUCCAAAAACUAACAACUCCAGUGCAGACGUCGUAUCAUAG